AUGGCGCCAGUGGCGCCGCGAGCAGCGCCGCAUAACCCGCCGCAGUCGGCGCCGCAGCGCGCGCUGCAGCUGGAUCAGCAAUCGACGAUGGAUCUAACCCUAACGGUCCUGCAGCGCAUGGAUCCCGCCGUCGCCGAGAUCCUGCUGACGGUCGGCCACGUCACUGUGUACGAGUUUGACGUGGCAGCCUCCUCUUGGGUGCACAACCUGAUAGAGGACCUUCUAGGCGACCUAGAGUACGAGGUGCAGCCGCCCUACAUCCUGUACCGCAACAGAGGCCAGGAGGUGAACGGCAUUUGGUUCUACUCGCUCAAGGAGUGCCACGAUGCUGCCAAUCUCUUCUCCAGGUGUGUUCUCCGCAGCAGCUGUUGGACAUGUGUGGGAUGGGGCAUAACUAGCCAUGCUACCUUGUGGGGUGGGGGGGAAGGGAAGAAACAGAGGCCAGGAGGAUUCUCAACACCUUUUCACGCCACGCACAUCCAACCAAGCCACUCAUACCGUCUAAUAGCCCCGACACCUGCCGUUUCAUCAGUCCCAUCUGCCCCAUCACUCCCAUCAGCAUCAGCAGCAGCAGCAGCAGCAACAGCAGCAGCAGGACCAGCAGCACUGCCAGCACCACCACUGGCAGCAUUGCCACCACCGUUCCCCCUCAUCUCCCCUGCCGCCCUCUCUUCUUCCUCUCUCCCCAUCUUCCCUUCAGCAGCUGCCUCCCCUCGCUCUGCCUUCUCCCCUCCUGCACCCUCUUCUGCUCCCUUCCCUCCCCUCUCCACCUCUCUUCUCUUCCCUCCUCACCCCAACUCCGCUCCUAUGCCUCCUCUCCCUUCCUCUGCAACUGCAUGCCACUUACUUGAAAGCGAAAGUGCAGAGACUAAGGCCGUUGGGGGAACUGGAUUGGGCUUGCAAGGGGGGAGAGGAGGGGAGGGGGUGGUGGUGGUGGUGACAAGGGAAGGGCUGAAGGCUGCGCUACUGCGACUGGUGCAGGUGGGAAGUGGUGCUGGCGGGAAGUGGUGCAGGUGGGAACUGGUGCAGGUGUCUUGGUAG